GCAUAGCGCGAGCCCCUCCCACUUUAUGGUGCAUGCAGAGACACAUCAUGGCGACUCCCGGGGAAGUUUUGGACGAUCUGGACUCGUUUCUCGACAGAAUUAGCGGUGGAGAAGAGGAGGAAGAGGAGGAAUAUGACGACGCUCGACUUCUUGUCGGAGAGGCCUGUCACGAGUGUAGGGUGGACGGGAGUCCAGCAAUGGCAGCACUGCAGGCGGGACACGUCGGCUGUCUGCGGGAGAUACUGCGAGCCAACGAGGAGGAGAGAAUAGCAGGGGUUCGCUCCGGGAACGGGGCGACGCUGGCCCACGUUGCAGCGCGCAGGGGAGACGUGGAAGUGCUGGGAAUGCUGCUGGCAAAGACGAGUUCUCUCGCCAGAAUCGGAGACGUCCGCGGAGCCACUCCGCUGCACGUCUGUGCCUACCGCGGGCACGAGGACUGCUUGGAGAAGCUUCUAGAGGCCGGGGGAGACGCAGACCAGCCUGAUUCCGACGGCGCAACCGCCAUCCACUUCGCCGCGGCCUCGGGUCACCUCGAGAGCGUCAAGACACUGGUUCAAAAGGGAGGCGGGAACGCCAACGCAAAAAACAGCAGUGGAGAAACUCCAGUUUAUUUUGCAGCUCAGGAGGGCCAUUUGGUCUGCAUUCAGUGGCUGGUGGAGACGGCAGGAGCAGAUCCACAGCUGGCGUCCACGGACGGAAUGACUCCGCUCCAUGCCGCUGCUCAGACUGGGAGACUCAACGUCACCUACUGGCUGGUGCGCUACGCCCACUGUCCGAUAUCAUGUCGAGCCUCCGAUGGUGCCACUCCGGUACACUUUGCAGCAGCAAAAGGACAUGUUGACAUACUGCAGUGGUUGCUACACCACAUGCUGGCUACUGGACUAGAGAGAGACGACUUUGGAGCCACUCCAGUCCACGACGCGGCAGAGCAGGGACAGCUGCAGUGUCUACACGUCUUUUACAGUCACAACGUGGACCUCAAUCUCACAGAUAACGACGGGUUCAUCCCCAAGGACCUGGCAGAAGAGAGAGGACACACACUUUGUGUGCAGUUCCUGAGCGACCCAGCCAAGGCUUACCUCGAAGACCGCAGACUGCACAACAACGCAAGUUCCACCUCUCAUACUAACUCCCCAGCCUAUAUUGGCUCCGUAUCCCACAGGAGGUGGCAGAGGGCCUGGGCAUGCUGACGUUCACAGGGGUGACCGUGGACCCCAGAGCCACAAAGGGGAAGAGGAAAAAGGUGUUCAGCUUUCUCUCAAAACCAAAGGUAUUCCACACUUACAAACAUCUGAGCAUAAGCGUAAAGAAAGUCGUCCACAUAAGUGUUCGCGUGCUCGUGAAGUGGCUAACAUUGCGCUGUGUCUAAUUGCAGGAGGGGUUUGUGGCUGUGAAGUAAAGUAAAGAGAGAGAGACUAAAGCUCAGCCCAGCACACAUUCAUAAUCAGCACAUUUUUUCACAUCCAUUCGUACGUAGUAUUAAUUUUCAUCAGGUACAUACCAACGUAUUACCACCACAAGGGAUGGUGCAUAAGUUGUUUACCAAGCCCAAGUUGUCACUAAAAAUAUUUUAUUCCAUGAAACUAAAUUCACGGUUG